AUGCCUUCCUUACUGAUCUGCAUCGUCCUCCUUCUCGCCCCCACCAUCUCCGCCCACAACCGCUUCGAUGCGAGAAGCUACUUCGGUUACGUCGCCGAGAACAACGACACGACGUUCACGAACAAAACGUUGCUGGCGGAGGAGUUCCUGCACGCUCACAACUGGGUGAGGAAUCAGUACCAACUUCCCGCGUUCGAGUGGGACGAGAAACUGGCGAGCUACUCGCGUUCGUACCUCAUGGAGCGCUACGAGGAUUGCUUGCUCGUCCACUCCAACUCCAUGUACGGCGAGAACAUCUUCUGGGGCAAGAUGCGCUACUGGACCCCCUCCGACGCCACCUACUACUGGUACCAGGAAAAGCAGUGGUACGAUUUCAAAACUCUCACGUGCGCCCCGCCGCCAAAAGCCUGCGGCCACUUCACCCAGGUCGUCUGGCGAGACUCCCACCGCAUCGGAUGCGCGCUUCAGAAUUGCCAGGACCCCUCCAUGGGCAUGCUCAUCGCCUGCGAGUACGAUCCCGCUGGUAACUACGAAAACGAAAACCCUUUGCAAUCACACAAGUGA